AUGGCACGGCCGGGCAUUCAGAACGCGCUAGCACCGGUGACGCCGCUAUCAAGUAAGGUGGAUGAGGGAGUGACCACUUCAGCUCUGAGAAAGUCGAUCCAGAGCCUGCUCCUAGAGCUGUCCAGCGUUGCGCGGCUGCGGGACAAGGCUUUCGUUGACAUCCUGUGCUGCCAUGGGCCAUCCUUUGCCGCCUUUGCCCUAACUCCGAGCUGCGCAACUGCAGACAGUUCGGAUGGUGCUCUUGCGACAAGUGGUGAGCAUGUUGCGUCGUCCCUUGCUCUGUCGACUGGCUUGCAAUCGCUCCUUUCAUCGCCCCUUUCAGGUCUGAAAAUUGUUAAGGCUGUUUCGGUUUGCAAGGAGCCCAAGACGUCCAGCAGGAUGAUCUGGCCUCCUAGGGGCUCGCCACUGGGGAAGCAGGCGCGUCGGUCAGGACUUAGCCCACACAUGUGGCUCAAAGGCCCUCUUGACAGAGUGGUGCUGCAAACUCAUGCCAGCCCUGGCGAGUUCUUUGCGUGGAUCUAUGACAAAUUCUCCGUGCGCACAGAGUUGGCGGCUCUCGUGUCUGAAUGCGUUCUCCAUGUCGCGCCCCUGCCGUCUCGCGUUUGCCCAGGCACAGUGGUUCGCAAAGCAACAGCUGGAGAGCUUUGCAGAACACCGAAUGGGUGCAGCCAGAUCCCAGCACCUCUCAUGCCUCUCGGACGGAGAGUUGCGAUUUCCUUGAUUCAGCUAGGUCAGCACAUGCCCAGCCAUCGGCCUAGACUUCUAGACAUCGCCUCCUGUCGUGUAAAAUGCGUGAGUGAAACGUUGUCCCACCGAAGCCGCACUCGUAUAGUCCGCAGCACAUACGCAAAGCCUUCAGCAGCUUUCGAGGUGUGGGAAGGAUUGCAGGAGGACGCCACCUGGACAUUCGCGCAUCUACGCUGGGGUGUUGAUGAGUGCACGGAGCUGCAUCUGCGCAUCAAGCGCACCAAACGCCCAAAGUACGGCAGAGCUGUGAUUGUUGGCGAUUUUUCUCCCUGGCCGCAGCACCUCGCAACGCACAGCCGGGACAAGCCUUCCAAGGCUUCGGCCACAGGCACUCAUGCAUCUGUCAAAGGUUCUGUUGGACGAACGCAAGCUGCCACAGUAGCCUCCAAACAGCGACUGUGCUCCUGA